AUGCGCGUCGAGGUGAUUCGCACGGUCCUCGACAUUGAAGGUGUGGGGGAAGUGGACGCGGUCUCUGGACACGAGGGCAGGACUGCGCUCCACUAUGCAGCCGCUGGUGGGCACGCCGAUGCGGGGCGUGUGCUGAUGUUCGCAGGUGCCAAAGUUGAUUUGGUCGAUGCCGACGGGUCCACUGCCCUACACCACGCCAUCAAAAGCGGGUGCCUGCGGCUCGCGGAAGACAUGGUGAUCGCUGGAGCCGGUGUCAGAGCUAAGGACCGCCGCGGCAAUACGCCCCUUCAUCAUGCCGCCGCUCAUGGCGACCCUUCGUUCACCUGUCGACUUUUGCGAAGGGGGGCGUUUGUUUCCGCGACCAACAAACAUGAACAACGACCUCUCCACAUCGCGGUCAAGAUGGAACACGUGGGCGUUGCGAAGGCUCUUUUGAAGGCCGGUGCUGGUCCCAACGUUCUGUUCACGACGGGCGACCCAACUGUGAGAUUCUCGCCGCUAUAUCUAGCGCGUCGGAAUGCGGCCAUGACGAGCGCUCUAGUUGGCAUGGGCGCGGACGUGACUUCCGUGGACAACAUUGGCUACAGUGCUCUUCAUUGGGCUGUCAGAGAUGGCAGAUCGGACGUUGUCGACGCACUCAUUGAGGUCGGGGCCGAUGUCGAAGCGCGAACUUCGCGCAUGAUCAGCUACUAUUCUGAUGGAGGACACUGCAUGAAGGGAAUGACGCCUCUUCACGAAGCCGCCUACCAGGGUAAUUACCCCGGCAUGCUCGUACUUCUACAGAAGGGACGAGCCAACGCAAACGCACAAGACGAACACGGGCACAGCCCCCUUCACAUAUUGUGCAUGAAUCCCCAGGUGUGCUCGGCAGCUGCGUGCAGCGACAUUCUUCUUAGAUCGGGUGCGGACGAGACGGCUACCGACGAAGAUCGCCAUACCCCUGCGGACAUCAUGGCAAGCAGCGAAGGGCAUAACGGAUGGCUGCAACAGCUAUUGGCGAACGCUCCGGCAGACAGGGCCUGGCGCCGGCGGGGUACGCUGGUGAUGCUGCGUGCCCAGGGUGUGCAGGCGGAAAACGAGGCCACUACUGAUGCUGUGCUGCCCCGUCUGGUCGACCUGCAGAACGAAGCACUGUUUCGACACAUCGUGCGGUUUUUAUAACACCACAACGCGAGGAACGGCGGGGUGGGUUGUGCUCGAAAGGUCCACUAGACUACUCAGUCAGCGUGGCACUGUGAGAUAUCGGUAGCAAUCCGAGUGCAUAUCGGUAGCAAUCCGAGUGCUUGAACAUUUGUUUCCUGGGGCCCGCUUAAGAUUGUGCAUAUGCCCACGACCCUGCAGCACGCGCUUAUCCUGACAAACCUUCCACCCCUCGGGACCUUUUACUUUUCGUUCACCGAGAUGUCAUCGUGAACAUCCGUUGACCUUUGAAUGCUCCGACGGUGCGUUUGGGUUUCUUUAGUGCUGCUAUAUCAUCUGCGUCUCUGGCUGCCUUGCAGUUAUUGUUGCUGAUUUUGGUGGUAUUGGUGGCGCCUGUUGGCUGAAGGGGGGCGCUAUCGUUGUGCCUGGUAUUUUUUCUGUUUCGUGUUCUCAAUGUACAAGAGAUACCGCUCUUGUUGUGUUUUCGGCCGGAAGGGACGCUAUACGUGUAGAACUUCCUAUUGCCUUGUGAUUCUCGACUUUGUCUUUCGUGCAGCGCUAUUUACCGUGCUGCUACCAAGAAUCAUGGUGGGGGGGUGUAAUGCCAUUGUCGUCUUCGUCGUAGCACAAAAAUCAUUUUCACGUGUUUUUCUUGUUGCAGGGCACCGCUGACGGUGGGAGGGGGGACUGUAAUCAGAUUUUUGUCUUUUGGGUUCAGAUUGAUACUAUAUAUUUUGUGGCAUUCGCAACUAUUGCGUUUUUCUUGCGGAGCUGACAUUUUGCUGAUUGUUAUGUGGUUGCGUUGGUGGAUAUAUUUUCCUGCAUAUGGUAGAGCCGUAACUUCUGAUGAUGAACACGUUUCCCGAUGUAUCCGGGCGUCUGGUUUUCUUAUUCGUCAGUAGAGCAGAGGCUGGGAGUACUAUUGGGAAAUCAACGAUUGAUUUCGGAGGACACCGUCAUCUUGGGAGAUUUGUUUCGGAUUGCAACGAUGAAUGCUCUGCACUUGGGGAUGUGAGAUUAUUACGGCCACAUUGCGCGAUACAAUGUGAAGAAUCAAGGUUGUAUUUACAGUUACCGAGUAGGGGGGCUGCUAGGUUUGCUCGGCACUAAAUAGAUGCGAAUCUAUGGACAUCUUGGUGAAUUUCGUGUCUCAUUGUUGGUAUGUGUCGAUUCCUCUUCUGCCGUGCAUGUUGGGCAAGCGUGCAUGCUCACUCACUCGUGAAUAAUGAAGGUCUUGAGU